AUGUCCGAAAUGGAGCCCGCUUGCUCCAGCAGCCAGCCCGACAACAGCCGAAGGCCCUAUCAAAUUGUGAAUCCGCUGGUUGAUGCUUUUCAAAAUUUAAGCCACCAAAUUGAUCAGAACGCAAGCGCUUUUGACGAUUACAAGUUCUCGGUGAAUGUGAAGCAAGAAGAGGUCGAGCUGGAGCAACAGCCGGUCUGGAUGCAGGAACCACCUGAAGUUGUGAGAGAAGAAAUUCAUCCAGAUGUUGAAGUUGAUUUGGAUAGAACCAGGGAGAUCUCGCCGGAAGCGGCGCCUGAACCGGUAAGAAUCAGUUUGUGGAGCUUUGCAUAUUUAUUUAGGCAUUAUUUGAUGUUAAGAUUGAGAAAUUUAUGUUGAUCUAGGACAUUUUUUGGUCAUGGAUAAUAUAAGUUUGUUGAAAUAUUUGGUCUGCUUGAGGUUAGAUUGUAUUAUUAAAGCCUCUAAAGCCGUUAACGAAUAAUCUAAACCAUAGUUGACUUCAAAUGAUGCCUAAUAUCCUUUUUGGCAAAAAUUGUCAUGGGUAAUAUAAUCGUUGAUGGAAUCAACUUAUUUUUGCUGUCUAAUUGACAAAACGGAGUGUUACAAUUGACAUAGCUGCUAUAAAUCACAACUAGGAUCUAUUUUAUCAGUAAUUUCAACGCUCGCUUCUAGGCACCGCCUUCUGUAAAUUUUACCGAUAUGGUUUGCAAUUUUGUUUUGGAGUUCCUCCGUAAAUCAAAGUACAAGUCCCACAAGAUCAGAUGGCCAGAAAUCGAGGCUGACAUAGUGAAAGCACACCCGCAAUUGAAAGGCUCCAAUAAUCUGCGAAGUCGACUCUGGUGUGCGUGGUCGGCGGUGAAAACGUCGGCCAUAAAGAAGAAAGAAAGAAAAUCGUUGACUCAGGUAGGGGAAGAAGGGUGGUUAUGAUGAUAGUAGGGAAGUUGUAUAGUAAAUGUAUCUACAGGGUGCGGCAAUUUUUCGGCCGGAUUUGAAUUGGCUAUAACUUCUUUCGUUUUUAUCCGAAUGUUAAAAUUCUUUUUUUCCCUGAAUCCUCAGACAACCCCAUUUUGUUUAAUAGCAAAUAUGUUAUAUAUAAAAGGACCUAGUUCAUAGUUUUUGGCCUUUCGGUCGUUUUCUCUCCUUUUUCGGCAUGUGUGAAGACCGCCAGAAAAAAAUGACUUUCUUUACGAAUUUUGUCGUAAAAAGUUUCAUGCCUGUUCAUGCCAUGGAGAAUACCGUUUCCACAAAAAAUCAGCUAUCUCCGCACAAAACUAGCGAAGAUAUAGCCAAAAAGUUUUUCUGUGUGACCACCCAUGUGCCCUCCUGACCGCAAAGAAUCGUUGAAUAUCUUGGUCGCCCCUGAAAGGUGCGGGCUGAAACUUUCAGGAAUUGAUGUGUGGCCUACGUCCGGCCCAUGUGCAAAAUUUAAAGAAAAUCUGAGAGUCGCACUAGGGGUAAUUCCAUUGUCAGCUAUGAAAAUUAGAACUUUUUCUUUGUCUCGAAUUUUUACUGUAGUCUAAUGAACGGGUAUAACAUCUUUGGCAAUAAACAAAAUGGGGUUGUCUAUGGAUUCAGGGAAAAAAAGAAUUUUAACAUUUGCCUAAAAACUAAAAAAGUUAUGGCCAAUCAAAAUCCGGCCGAAAAAUUGCCGCACCCUGUAUAUCAAAGGCUUUAUCGUAAUAUAGCACCUGCGAUGUAUUACAAACAAAAAUUUAUUCAUAAAUCCCAAUUUCUAGUCAAUUUAUAUCAAAAAAUCUUCAUUUCCGCCGAAAAAGAGGCGAACAAGUUCAUAACUUGAACUUAUUCUUCUGCCAGGGUCCUAAACGGUCUGUUACGGCGCUGUACUUGAUCCAGUGGAACGAUCCGCCACUGUAACAGACUGUUUACAUGGGGAACCUGAUCCAGCAGAAAAAACGAACUAUUUUGCAUCCGGGACGCAUCAAAAAUGUGGCAAAAUGCUUCCCUCUCCAAGUGAAAAAAAACUCCAAUUUCAAAAGCGCGCCCGCUCUUUUUGUGAGUGAAGCCCUUCAAAACGGUUUUUUUUCACUCGGAGAAGGAAGCAUUUUGCCACAUUUUUGAUGCUUCCCGGAUGCAAAAUGGUACGUUUUUUGCCACUGGAUCAGGUCCCCCAGUGUAGGUCUGUGACAGAAAAAUAGGGGCUUCGGUAGUUCAGCCCCCCACGAAAGGUAGUUCAAACCCCCACUGUUUUGUCCGUUUCACACCCCACAUAAUGAACAAAUUAGAAUAAUACAAAAAAUGUAAGUGGGGGUUUGAUCUACUACGUUGGGGGUUUGAUCUAAAACGUAGGGGGCUUGAAUGGACGAGGGGGGUUGUACUGGGUCAUGGGGGGCUAAACUGGACUGGGGGGUUGUACUACCUUAGCCCCGAAAAAUAUUUUCAAGUUACGAAUUUGUUCGACUCUUUUUCGGCGGAAAUGAAGAUUUUUUGAUAUAAAUUGACUAGAAAUUGGGAUUUAUGAAUAAAUUUUUGUUUGUAAUACAUCGUAGGUGCUAUAUUACGGUAAAGCUUUUGAUGGAAAGGAGAUUUUUUGAUAUAAAUUGACUAGAAACUGGUAUUUAUGAACAAAUUUUUGAUUGUAAUACAUUGUAGGUGCUAUAUUACGAUAAAGCGUUUGAUACUAGUAGGAAAAAAUCUUGGGCGAUUUUUUUGCUGUAAUUGUGGCAUUUUUUGAGUUUUUUUAACGCUGAUUUUUUCUAAAAUUUUUAUUUUUUUGUAUUUUAGCGUGAGAUGUUGAUCCUGGAGGCUCUCCAGAAGUCUGAGAAUUGCUCCAAACGACGGAAGAGUCGAUCAGAAGUUCCAUUAAGCCGUGUGGCGUGCGAAAUGGCCGCUCCACAUGCCAGAUUCAUGAAGGUCGCUGAAAAGGCCCAUAACGAAAAGUUUUGGAUUCAAAUCGAGAGGGAGUUGCUGGCAAAAUAUCCAACAUUCAAGGGGGAACAAAGGCUGAGGGAACGACUUCAAGCGGCUUUUUGGAGAGUGAGAUGUACGGCAUUGCAGAAACAGAAGAAGCAAUUGGAACUGAACGAGGUAAAGGGGAGAUUUUUGAGGUUGAAGUGGGAUGGAAAGGGGCAUAUUAAACGAUUGGAAACCAAAACUUUUAGUAUGAGAAAAUCACGAUGCAAGUCCAAGAGCCCUCGCCGGACCCCAAGACGCCCACCCCGAAGACUGUGCCAAGAAGACAGCCGGCAAGGGAUUCGUCAAGAAAAUCGCUGAAUUUGGAGACGAAAAUUAAAAGGUCGUCGAUUCAAAAAGAUGGCGAGAGUGAUGAUGAUAUUAUUUUUGUCGAAAGUGAACAACCGAACCAAUCAGCAGCAAACGAAGUAAAGGAAAAUGAACAAAAUGUGACGUUCGAUGGUAGAGGCCGGAAAAAGGUAAGAAGUUUUCUUGGGUUUGGGUUCUUACGAUGAAAUGGGAAGAAUUAGGCUAUCUGGGAUGUGACUUGACGUCCUCCAUGGCUGGGAAGGCAUAUUGCCCAAAAAUGGGUAGCCGUCGUAUACUACAGGGUCUUACAAAAAACGUGAAGGAAAGUGAAAGGCUAUAACUUCCGGCGGAGGCGGUGCAGAGACUUCGUAUUUGAAAUAUGUGUUUUUAAAAGACAUAAGGUUUUGCCUACAAAAUAACAAGCUCUUAAAGUGCAAACUGAGGUCGCUACGACCUUCUGAAGUAGAGGCAUUUCUACCCCGAAAACCAGGUUUUUUCGGUUGAAAAUGAUCGAGAAAUUUCGGACUUUUUCGGUUGAAAAUCACCAAGAAAUUUCGGAUUUUUUUGGGGGUUUCUUGAUAUAGUCUUUAAGAAAACGUCGAAAAAAUUGCAAAGUGUUCGCACUUUCCUCUUCUUUUUUCAACAUCACCCACAUUUCUUGGUGAUUUUCAACCGAAAAAUUCCGAAAUUUCUCGAUCAUUUUCAACCGAAAAAACCGGGUUUUCGGGGUAGAGAUGCCUCUACUUCAGAAGGUCGUAGCGACCUCAGUUUGCACUUUAAGAGCUUGUUAUUUUGUAGGCGAAAACUUAUGUCUUUUAAAAACACAUACUUCAAAUACGAAGUCUCUGCGCCGCCUCCGCCGGAAGUUAUAGCCUUCCACUUUCCUUCACGUUUUUUGUAAGACCCUGUAGUGGAUAAAAUUUUCUUUCCACUUCGUGUAUCGGGAACUUCUGGGCCUAGUAGAACCUGAAAUUCGGUGUAGAAACGCUCUGGGACAAUGUGACACCAUAACCGAAAAAUCAUCAUUUGAUGCACUUUUUUACAAAUUGCAGGAAAUGAUCAAAAGAUGUGCAUCAAAUGGUAUGAUUUUUCGGGUAUGGUGUCACAUUUUCCCAGACCGUUUCUAUUGCCGUUUUGGAUAUAAAAUUGGCUGAGAAAUGCAUAUGGAAAGAUUUAAUAGGCCUAAUCAAGAAACGAGAACUCGGCUUGCUCAGCAGUUAUGUUUUUUUACAGGGUUUUUUAGUUUUUUUUUUAAAAAAUUGAGAAAAUUUUUCAGCUGCCCGAAGACCCAGACUUCAUUCGCAUGGUCGUUGAAACAGUAGCGCCGUACGCGUCGCAGCUCAAAACGAUAAAGCAACGCGGUUUUUCGUCAAAUUAUAAUUUUAAAGUGUGGCUUCAAGUCGAGGAGGAUGUUUUGAAAAAACAUCCAGAACUGAAGAAAGUGAAAGAUAUUCGCAAAGUUUUGCGAAUUGUAUGGUACAAAUGCAAAGAUAGAGCAACAAAAAUGAAGCGUGACGACAAUAUACCCGAGGUUAGAGCUUUUGGAUUGAAAAAAUUGACAUGGAAAACUUGUAUGGGGUAUGGAGUUACAGGUCGAGACAUACAUCAAAAAAAUCGCAAAAUAUUUCUGAUUCAGAAUAUGUAAAAAUUAGCUGCCUAAUUUUGUUUUGAAAGGGCGAAAAAAGCCUCAGAACUCUUCUCUUAACACCACAUAAAUGUCCCUUUUUUUGUAUUGGAACCACCAAUUAAGGUGUAGUCUUAAUCAAAUUUGAUAUUUUAAGGCUUGUCAAAAUGCCAAAGCUUUCGAUUUGGUAAAAGCUUGGUCAAUAAGGCAUUUGCGUGGUGUUCCGAGAAAAGUUCUGACGGUUUUUUUCACCCUCACAGACCAAAAUUAGGUAGCUAGUUUUUACAUAUUCUGAAUCAGAAAAACUUUGCGAAUUUUUUGAUGUAUGUCUCGACCUGUAACUCCAUACCCCAUAGAAGUACUCUCCUUGUGAAAAGAGGACGUUUUAUACGGCGAAAUUUGUUUCGUCGUAUAAAAUGUCUCUUUUUGUAUUUUAGACUUAGGAUUAAUCGACGCCUUUUGCAGGUCUAUAAAGUUGUUCUGGAUGCAAUGAAGAGGCCUCAGAAAGCUGAAGGCGCUCCAAAAUCUUCGCCGAAGCGAACGCCAUCCCCGCCGAAAAAGAAGCCAAGAAGGGCGAAUGAAGUGGAAAUUCAUGAUGUUGCAGUACCUCAAGAACCGCCAAGUCAAAAUUUAAUGGCUCGAAGUCCUGCAGUCGCAGUGGCAAACACCUCAGGAACCCUGGACCGCGGUUCUUUCCAAGAACAAGAGGCCUCGGACACGGUAUCUAACCCACCAACCGGCAGUAAUACCUCAAGGGCCAACAGUGUUGUGGUAAGGAUUUUUCGAUUAUUAGGGGUUUAAAUAGCCUUCCAGUUGCUUUGAGGGAUGAGGAAUCUUGUUGAGGAGAGGGAAUAGGACUUUUCCAGGUGGUUUGACGACCUUGUUUUAGGGUAAAAAUUGAAUUUUUUUUAUAUGCCAAGUGUGUAAGGUGUGGGCAAGGUACUAUUUGAAGUCGAUAGAAAUUUGUUGGUCAAAAUACAGUCGGAGACCUGAUCCAAUUGCAAAAAACAUACCAUUUUGCAUCCGGGAAGUGUCAAAAAUGUGGCAAAAUGCUUCCCUUUCCAGGUUAAAAAAACUCAGAGUUCAAAAGCGCGCCCGCUCUUUUUAUGAGGGAGCCCUUCAAAACGGAGUUUUUUUUCACUUGGAGAGGGAAGUAUUUUGCCACAUUUUUGAUACUUCCCGGAUGCAAAAUGAUAUGUUUUUUGCCACUGGAUCAGAUCCGUUACUGUAGUUGAAAAAGAUUUUUAUUUUCGGUUGAAUAUAAAUUUUUUGAGUUAAUUUUGUACUAAUUUUCUUUUUUUUUAGACCGGCACAAAAGGUAUGCCAUUUUCGAACCUCCUCAAAGUCGUCGACUUCUGCAAGCGAACCAACCACGAUUUCAACCUGGAAGGAGAGGAACUGGUAUUCACGGAUCGGGACAACCCAGCUCAUAAACUCCGCUUCCCCAUCGACCGAGUUGAUCAGCUUGCGUAG